AUGGAUUCUGGGGUUGUGGGCCUGGAUGGUUUAGUUUGCUUAACAACUGCAACUACAACUAAUAAUGUCUUCGCUUCAGAAAAUGCUGCUGAGGCAAAGCAAAAAUGGUACGGAUCUGGAUUUUUCAAGCAAGAAAGGCCAGGCACCACAAAUGAAGAUGAAUAUAGGGAGUUUAAACUGGCCAAGACAGCUUCUAGUGAGGCAAUGCUGCUUCAGGAGAGAAUUCCUUUACUGAGAUCUAAUAGCAAUAAUCUCUCUGAAGGCCAACAAAUGCUCAGUUUCUCUUCUCCCAACUCUCAAACUUUGACAUUGCCCUACUGUCAACAAACGUCAAGUUCCUUUAAUAGAAACACAGGAUAUGGGUCUGGAGGCAUAAAUGCUGCUAGCAUGCAAGGGGUGCUAUCAGUGGUUAGAGGGCCAUUUACUCCAUCACAAUGGAUGGAGCUAGAACAUCAGGCUUUGAUCUACAAGUAUAUCAUUGCAAAUGUGCCUAUUCCUACUUAUCUUCUAAAUCCCAUUACAAAAGCCCUUGAGUCUACUGGUUUCUCCAGCUUUUCUGGCGUAAGACCCAAUACUUUGGGAUGGGGAGCAUUCCAUCUGGGAUUUUCCAACACUGAUCCUGAACCAGGAAGGUGUCGAAGGACUGAUGGGAAGAAAUGGCGGUGCUCAAGAGAUGCAGUUGUCGACCAGAAAUAUUGUGAGCGGCAUAUGAACAGAGGCCGUCACCGUUCAAGAAAGCCUGUGGAAGGCCAAUCUGGCCAUUCCGUUACCGGAACCAACACAAAUACCACCAAGCCUAUGCCCGUGACUUCCUCCACCUCAGCAGCAACCAUGGGGCCCAGAGCCGGUGCAUAUAACAAUCUUGCACUUUCGCAUCAUCAACUUAAUAACUUGCAGUCUGGUUCUAAAAAUCCUUUGUCCGCGACCCUAAAUAUUGACAGGAGUUUUCUCGAAAAGGAAAAUGUGGACGAGGGAUAUCAACGUACAACAGCAAACACAAGUCUGAAAGACAAUGAAUAUUCUGUUCCCAAACAAAAGAAUGCAUAUGUGGAAUCUUCUUGCUCCGAGUUCGGAUUAGUGUGCUCUGAUUCUUUGCUCAAUCCUUUAAAUAGAAGUUCUUCCUUUGUGAACAGCAAUCUCAAUGAUCAAUUAAGCAAAUCACAGCAUCCACUUCGCCAGUUCAUGGAUGAAUGGCCGAAAAACCCAUCAGAAUGCUCGGCCAUUUCAUGGCCUGAUGUUGAUAUGCAGUCGGACAGUACUCAGCUUUCAAUUUCCAUCCCCGUGAUCACAUCAGACUUCAUGUCUUCUACCUCAUCUUCCACGAACAAAAAACUUACAGCCUCUCCAUUGAGAUCAUCCCGAGAGCUUGAGGCAACUCAAAUGGGAUUGGGAGUAGGUAUCAUCUCAAGUGAACAGAGGCAAAGACAAACCCACUGGAUUCCCAUUUCCUGGGAACAUUCCGAGGGUGGACCUCUUGGGGAGGUUUUGCAUAGCUCCAACAACAACAAAACUGAUCGUAAGAACAACACGGCUCUGAGCCUGAUGGAGGGCUGGGAUAGUAGCCCCUGUUUCGUAUCAUCUCCCACUGGGGUUUUACAGAGGGGUGCGUAUGGUUCCGUAUCUAACAGCAGUGCAGGGAGUAGCCCAAGGGCAGGGAGUAGCAAGACACUUGAUGGGGCUAGCCUUUGCAAUGGACUCGGAGGUUCAAGUUUAAUGAAUCCAUCCUUCCUUGCAAUGUAG